GCGUAUUAUUUACAUCUGCCAGAUAUUUGUCACUCGGUUCUAUGCAAAAAGCCGCGUGGGCCGCUCCACACUAGCGAAGAAGCGCUUGAUUUGGGAAGACGCGCUACCAUGGGAACCGGGUAGUAAAGUCCAUGCUUACUUCGGUCGCCUACCGAUUGAACUGGAUAUAGAAUCAAUCUCAGUUUCCUUUUAUCCAGCGAACGAAGAGGAUCGCUUUCGGUUUGUGUGUUCCGCAUAGUCGGUUAGGCUAGUGCUAAUUAAGAAGCAUCUAAUUCCGGAUGGGUCAAAUAACAUCUCGCACACUUGACGCGGAUGAAAUCCGUCGGUUGGGCAAACGGUUCAAGAAGCUCGACCUCGACAAUUCCGGCGCCCUGAGCAUCGAUGAGUUUAUGUCCUUGCCGGAGCUGCAGCAGAACCCGCUAGUGCAGCGUGUGAUCGACAUCUUCGAUGCGGACGGUAAUGGUGAGGUCGACUUCAAGGAAUUUAUCCAGGGAGUGUCCCAAUUUAGCGUAAAGGGUGACAAACUAUCGAAGCUGAAAUUUGCCUUCCGAAUAUACGACAUGGAUAACGAUGGCUACAUCUCGAACGGGGAAUUGUUUCAGGUGUUAAAAAUGAUGGUUGGUAAUAACCUAAAGGACACGCAGCUGCAGCAGAUCGUGGACAAGACGAUCGUGUUCGCCGACAAGGAUGAGGAUGGCAAGAUUUCGUUCGACGAGUUCUGUUCGGUCGUGGGCAACACGGAUAUACACAAAAAGAUGGUCGUGGAUGUUUAAAGCCCCUCUACCCCAACCCCCGCAUCGGGUUUCGCUUAACCCUCUUCCACCAACUCGGGGUUCAGGUCGUGUGUGCGCGCGCGCGCGCCAUCUAGAAAUGAUCGGUACCAGUCGCGCGGCACUAACGAAACUCGUAUCUCUUACCCAAAUCACAACCACCACACGGGACGGGAAACAAGGCGAACACACAGUAUCGUCGUUGUCGUCCUGCAAGCUUCGUCUAAAACUAUUGCAAUUAUCUGCACCAUUACACCCUUAAACAUACAACACCCCGUAUUGCGUAUCGUUGCGAAUGACGAUGAGAGAAGCGUGUGUGGGAUUACUAGUAGGGUAAUUUCUACACCUUUUUACCUUUAUAGAGGGCGUUGUUUCUUUCUUUUAUCCAUCCAUCCAUCCACCAGAAAAAGGGCAGACACACGGUACGAAAAAAAUGGCUAAAAUUUCACAUUUAGAACCGCUCUCACAUCAGCCCCGCAGUGUUUGCGCCGUUAAUUAAAUUGCGAGGAAAACGAGAGCCAUAUUUCAUAGCACAUCGGAUGCAAGAAUCGUCAAAUAGGUAGAUUUGUGGGUUUUGGGUGGUGUUGUGUAAGCUGUCUCCAGUGUUUUUAAAUAUUUCUUUUGUUUCACUACAAUCUUUCUAUGUUUGUUCGUAAUUGUUUAAGAAAGAGGCAACAUGCUUUACACACCUAUAUUUACACAUUGUUGUUGAUAUGUCUCUUUGCGCGAUAGGCUUUGAAACACUUCGUUAUCACAACGUUUUUAAAACCACGCGAAACGAUGAAUUUUAUGCUUAGCAUUACGUUGUAUAGUUUUGUUUUUUUUUUUGUUUGUUUCGAUCAUUACACUUAUCGUAUUAUCUAGACCAAUGUAGUUAAGUAAUAAUGAUAUAUAAAAUAAAAUGUGCGUUCAAUGCGAUGUGGAAGUGGA